CAUUCCUUUGUACAGUUAUAUAAGUAUAGAUAUGUUUAAACACGUAGGACAUACUUAUUGUCAAAUACUUUGUCAAUCGGAUCGAUAACUCUGAUUUUUAAAGAUCAAUCGAUCAUACAAACAGAAGCAUAAAUAACAACACAAGUAGGAAAAUCUUUAGAAUAAUCCGUUAAUCUGCGUACACAGUAGAUCACAACUGGAAAUGUAGAGAUGACAUUAUGCGCAUUAUAGAUCAUUAUUGCACUGACGUUUUAAUGUGUUACAAACGGACUUAAACUGGAAGUAGAAAUCUAACAAAAUACAAAAAAUGUCUGUCACAACUUCAUCUGUGAUUCGAUAUGAAGACGAACUGAAACGGCGCCUGCAAAAGCUAUCAAGGACUUACGAUUUAACAACUAUGAAAAUAUUUAUAGUGGUAGAGUGUCUUGGAGACGGGAGGGUGUGUAGCACGUACAACCCUGAAAAGAGGAGCAAAUGGGACUCAUUUCUCAGAAGGAGAGAAGCAUGUCGCUUGGAUCUUGAUAAGCACGAGAAAAAUCGUCAGGAUUAUACUGAAUUCUUGACGAAUAUCCCCAGAGAGGAACAAGGCAAACAGUUCAUAUCUGCCUUGACCUCUCACUUUUAUUCCAAAGGAGCCGAGGAUGCGUUUGGACAAGCGAAAAAAUAUGACCGAGAAGAAAUUAGUGGUAGUUUUUGUGGACAUCUAUGCAGGCUGUUUGAGAGAAAGAUUACCACCUGGUUCCAAACAUUUGAGGCUGUAGCAGUGAAGCUUACAGGCCAUGUUAAGGUGUCAAACUUCGUCAGAGUUCUGAGUGGUCAGGUGGAUGCUCUUUGUCGGAAAGACGGUUGCAUGUAUGCAGUCGCUUUUAAAGUGACAGGUAUGGAUACUCCAAGACCACUUGAUCUGGCAGAACUCUGUUUAUAUAAAAGUCUUGUCAUUCAAAACGGAUUAGCGGAUCCAGAAAACCUCAAAAUGUGCAUACUAGCUCUUCAUUUGACCGCCGAGAAACCGAUCUUAAGACUUUGGGAAUACUCUCCUAGUGUUGAAAUGGAAGAUUCGAUAAGAGAAGCAGAUAUAGAUAAACUUAUUGAUGCUGGAAAAUUAAGUCAACAUCAUGAAUUCUGGAAAGAAAACGUACACAUUGUUCAAGCUUCUGUUAUGACAGAGCGAUCUACAUAUGGAUCGUCGCGAGGGGAUGAAGAAUAUAGAUGAACAUGCAGUAGACAGUGUAUCUGUUUAUUGAGAGCAGUACCAUGCGUCAAUGACUGCCUGGUUUUGGACUAAUAUUUCUUUCAUGUACCGUCUGUGAAAUGUGCUGAACUCGUUCAUGUAAACUCAGUGGAAUACUGACGAAAACGUUUAUAAAUGGGUUAUUAUUGUAAUGAAAUGUCUAAGUUAUGUUUUAGAAUGUACUUUUUCUUAGUUUUCAUAUAUGUUUGCAGUGCCACAAUAAUUGUAAAUUUCACAAAACAAAUGGUUUAUAAAAAUGUUAUAAAUAAAUGCAAUGAAAAUCCUCAAUCUGUAAAAUCAACUAGCAAUUUCUAUAAAUGAUUUAAAUUUUAA